ACAGCAGUUCCCACCGUCCCCCUUUUUCUCCCCACGUUUGUCAACCUCCCAGUUUUCCUCCCACGUCGCCUAGGGUAACCGCUGCAUCCAGUAUAUAUAAUUCUGCGGUCACACCUUUUUGAGACAGUUUCACAACGUGGUUCCCAUUGUUGCUCUGCUUAGAGGUUUUCUUCUUCCUUCCAUAAGGUGUGGAAUGUUCGAAAGUAGACAGAAAUUUAGCCACGGAGAUCUGGCGUUGAUUUGGUUGCAAGCAAUUGUUCCAAGAUUUUGGAUGCCUUGAAAUCGAGAUGGAAGUCCAGAUUAUCGAGGAUUUUGGGUACACUUUCAUACAUGAUUCCCUUCUUUUUCUUUCUUUGCACUCGCUUACACAUACCUAACCCUAGCCUCUGAACUGUAAGUCACACAAUUUUCAUCUAUGUCUUGCUAAUUUGAUUUCAAUUUCACAUUUUUAUUCCUGAUUUGAUCUCAACUUCACUUCGGUAUUGUUAAAUUUUAUCUCAAUUCACUUUGGUAUUGCUAAGUUGAUCUUAAUUUCUCGUCUGUAUUGUUAAUUCGAUCUCAGUUUCACCCUCAUGUUACAAUUACUAUUACUAGCUGAAGACAAGAAGGGUGUCACGUUAGUUGCUAAGGACGAGAAGAUUGCCACGUUAGUUGCUGAGGAAGAUAAUAUUGGUAAAUUUGUUGGUUGAUUCUGAAUUGAUUUUACUAAAAUUGAUGAUGAAUGUUAAAAUUAGGUGAAACCUAUUUACAUUGAUUUUGUUGCUUGAGUUCUAAUUACUACAACCCACUUUUUCUGUAUUGAUUGAUGAUGAAUCUUUUUUGAGGUUAUCAAGUUCCCGUAGUCUGGUAACAUGCGGUUCAUUAAAGGGAUUGACAAUCAAAGUUACAAGUCAAACGAGUCCAUUGCUUCAGUUUCCCCCAAAUUCUUCCAAAUUUCUCUGUACAUAUCCGCAAAUUCAAUGAUCAGUUGAAAUUAGCGAAUUAAGAUGGAAAAUGGCGUAAGGUUUGAUGACGGAAGCAAUUUGACGGAACGGUUAGCGAAUUUGAGUGUUGGUGAUGGUGUUAAUGGCUGUAGAAGUGACGUGGAUAAUAUUAAUGGCGUGAAUAAGAGCGAUGGAUUGUUUCAGGUUAUGAAAGCGGUUGAAGCUGCUGAAGCGACUAUUAAACAACAGAUGGAAGAGAAUCAAAGGCUGAGGUCUGAGCUUCAAAAGAGGGACCAGGAACUCGAAGACUAUUUGUAUCCGCAGUUCAAUGUGUCUGGACAUGGGCUUGUGUCAACUUCUGAGUCGUACCUGUCUAAUCAAGUAAGUAAUCAGAUUUGGAGGCUUGGAUAGUGUUGUAACCUUCAAGCAUGUUGUAAAUGAACAUUUCAGUUGGUCUCAGAGAUGUUUUGGGUCAACACGGUUAUAAGGUUUGAUUGGAUGAUCGUUGAUCCACUAUUAGGCAAUGUCAUGAUUGGAGUAUGGAGUUCAACCGUUACCAUCAGAGAAAGAGAUUCACUCAAAAUGAGAAUGGUAGGUAGGUCUGGUUGGAUGAUCGUUGAUCCACCAUUAGGCAAUGUCAUGAUUUUAGUGAAGGUAGUUCCAACUUUUACUUAAAUAUUUACUCAGGAGAAGUGUAAAAGUAGUCAGUGCAUAUAUUUUGUGCAACAAGAGGUAGCUGUGUAAGUAUGGAAUACAUUUUCGCUUUUAUACGAGGUUGGUUCUGU